UUCCGGUUUGCCAGUCACAACUUAACACCUAUGUCGCUGAGUUUAGUUUCUAUCGAGACUUUUUAGACACUACAAGUUUGAAGGAGCCACUUCCUCAAGUGAGAACGUGAGAACAGCGACAGCUCUUUAAAAGUUCGCCGUGUCGAAGAUGCCUUUGCUGGUGACAGACUACUCGUGGACACAGACAGAGUCGAUGGUUUACAUCAGUGUGCCUUUAAAGGGAGCCACAGUCGGGAAAGUGGACAUCCUGUCCACAGACGAAUACAUCAAGGUAAAGAUACAGGAUAAUACAGGCUUGACGAGGCAAACGUGAAAUUACCUGCUUUAGCCACUUAGAAACCAUACAUAUCAUAAUGUUUCACAUGUUGCUGCGUCGUUCGCGUUUUUCCAGGCUCUUUGUUACCUAGUACUCAUGGAGGAUAAGGUAAAAUAGGCCUAAUUAGUCUCAAAAGUUUAGAUGUUUACCUUUUGAACCAUCUCUGGUGUUUCUCCAUAUAAUUGCUUAAAUGAUUCCCUCGUCCUUGUCUUACAGGUGCAUCACCUAUCACAUGUGCACGUUUUGAAUGGGCUUGUUUCUCUCAGUUUGAAUAUGCAAAAUUCUUCCCACUUUCUUGUCUUGAAGGUCCAUUACCCACCAUAUCUGUUCGAGGCCUUCCUGUUUGAGCCUGUUGAUGAUGCCAGAAGCACAGCAAAGGUCGGAAAUGGAGCUGCAGUGAUCUGUUUGCCAAAGAGGACCAACAAAAUAUGGGAGCAUCUAGUGAUGGCUACAGGUAAAAGAAACUUGCUCACAUUGCAAACAGUGGUUCACAUUGUGUUGUAUGUCCUUCUUCUUGAAAAGACAUACAAUGUGAAGAAAUGUGAAAUGGAAAUGUAAAGACAAAAUCCAAUAACAGAUUAUAUUUUUUGUCUAUAUGGUGAUAUGAGCAUCUGCUAGAUCAGUGGUUCUCAAGUUCAGUCCUCGAGGCCCACUGUCCUGCAUGUUUUGGAUGUUUCCCUGCUCCAACACACCUGAUUCAAAUUAUCAGCUCGUUAUCAAGCUCUGCAAUGGCUUAAUAACGAGCUGAUCAUUUGAAUCAGGUGUGUUGGAGCAGGGAAACAUCCAAAACAUGCAGGACAGUGGGCCUCGAGGACUGGACUUGAGAACCACUGUGCUAGAUUAACAUAAUUUUUGUUUGUUUGUUCUUUGUUUGAAGGUUUUGUCUGUUUUUGUUGUUUGCAUCCUGGUACCAAAAAAUGUAUAUGUAUAUAUUCCUUUGGUGGGCAAAAUGACUAAAAGUGUAAUUUGUUCACUUCGUCCUGGUCCAUUCAAACGUUCUAGCCACUGUUUCCAAACAAAAAUACAUGUAAUUUUGAUAAUAACUGCAGUUAUUAUCACAAACCAGGGGAGGAAUCAGGUAUUCCUUGUCUUUGUAAACAACUGAACUGUGUUUAUUGAAUCAACUUUCUUCAGAUGAUAAAGAAACAAAGAAAGUGAUCAGAGAGAGGGCUCUGUUGAAAUACCAAGAAAAGCUUUCUUCAGAGUCUAAAUCCAAAGCAGAAAAACAGCAUGCAGAGAAGAAGUUUGCACUGGAGACAAUGAUGAAGGUAACAUAUUCAGUGGUACAACCUUUAAUCUCCAGACAUGUGGUUUCACAUUUGAAGGACUCACAUAAAGACUGUUAUACUCAUUUUCAGCUUGAAAAGGAGGAAAGAGACAGUAUCCAGAAAAUGAAGGAUGCUGAGCGAGAGAGAACCACAACAGAGCUGGCAGCAUGGCAGCUAAGAGAGAAAGAAAAGUUGGAGGAAGAAACAAAAGUGAGACUCCAAAGUCAGAGAGAAGAUCAAAACAGAGUGAAAGUUGUGACGAACAAGCAGGAAAAAGGAUCUUCAGGUGGAGGAAAGGUCAAACAAAGUAGGUACAUGUCCAGUGUGGUCAAAAUUUCUCGUACAUCUGUUGAAUUUAGUAUAUCAAUUAAUAUAUUAUUGUGUGCAGCUCCAAAAAGUAACAGUGUAGACAGUCCCAAGAAAAAACAAGUGGACCUGCCUGCUCCAAGAAGUGCUGGAAACAUUCAGGUCUCAUUUACUCAUCGAGUUUUCCCAACAGCCCUCAGGGAGUCAAGGAUUCAAGAGGAGGAAGAGGUGAGAGUGUUUUAUGACUCUUUGUUAUCUACAAGUUUAUCCUUGAGGCAACACAGUGAGCAUGAUAUAUUGAGGGAUAUUAAAAUCAAAUUGCUCAGCACAUUAAACAUGCAAAGAUUCCCAUGAGUCACCUUAAAAGAUGUGAGACCAUUGAGACAAGCAAAUCUAAAUAAUAUGGGGGACAGAAAUCAAUUUUCUUUUUAUUUGUGUUUAGCACUGAAAAGCGCACGAUGAGGUCAAGUUGCAUCUUAGUUAUAGAGUUGUGUUGCAGCACAGAAUUUUAUUUGCGUAGAAAUAAACAGUAAUUUAAUCUAUCUGCAGAGACUUUUUUGAAGGACCUGAAUGGGGCAAUUUCUAAAAUUAAAACCUUGCCAAAAAUAACAUUUUAAAAAUGAAAUUGUUCUCUGAUUUAAGCCUAGAGAAGGAAUCAGCACUAAGAUUUGACUUUAUUUUCUAACAACCAGUGGCUCCAAAGGCAAGCUGAGGCAAGGCGUGCAUUAACUGUCAAUAUAGAGGAGCUGACGGACCUGAAGGAGGAGCAGAGGAACCAUGACUGGUUGAAAGAGAAAGGAGAGUGAGUAAAGUAAACUCUUUCUCCUGUUUUUCAGUCCUGUGUGUCUUCAACAUCUGAAUAACCAAAUCUACUAUUCUCAGCAAAUGUUUUAUGACUGGAGACUACCUCGGAGCAGUGAACGCCUACAGCCUGGCUAUCAGGCUGAACAGAAAAAUCCCAGCUCUGUUUUCAAACAGGGCUGCAUGUCACCUGAAGUUAAAGAACCUGCACAAGGCCAUUGAGGACGCUUCUCAGGUCUGUAGCUUUACAUUAUCUGUAUUCAACUGCAUACCACUGCAUGUUGGGUAAUGAAUAAAGCUGUACCUUGUUUGUUAACUGUUUCCAUGUAACAAUUUUUGUAUGUAUUCUAGUUAUCUGAAGCUUUGAGUUUAUAGCUUUAUGUAAAGUAAACUUAAAAAAUCCUGUUCCUCUAUAGGCCCUCGAUUUGUUGACUCCACCAGUUUCUGCAAACGCAGCUGCUAGAGCCAGAGCCCAUGUCCGCAGAGGAUCUGCUUUCUGCCAGCUGGAGCUCUAUGCAGAAGGUAUGAACAGCAACUGUUAUCUUGGUGGUGUAGAAAUUUUUAUUUUAAAGAUGAAACCACACAGUUCAUAUGCUGGCAGAGUUAGGAUUUAUCUCUGUGGCAUGUUAUUCAGUAACAUGUCAUGUGUGUCCUCAGGGUUGCAAGACUACCAAGCUGCUCUGAAGAUUGACCCUCACAGUGAGGCACUGCAAGCAGACACCCAGAGAAUCACAGACAUAAUACAAGGCACAGCAAAGUGAGAUGCAGCAAGAAUCUCUGAUAGUCUCA